AUGUGGACCAAGUCAAGUGUGGUCAUCUUGGCAAUGGCGCUGCUAGCUUCAGCUGGCGCCCAACCCGUUAGCCAAAUGGAAAUGGAACCGCUGCCCAGCACCGUAACUACCAGUAGGCCCAAGCUGGUCAUCGAGGAGCUGGAACCGAUGCGGAUUCACUUCGUCACCGAGCAUCGACCCACGUCGCUGGGCCAGAACUACUACCUGAAGCCGGGCCAGCUGGUGGGCAGUGUCACCCUGGACUCGGGCCACCUGCAGGUGCGCCACGACCAGGACGACGGCAAGCCGGUGGCCAGCAAGCACAACAUCCUGUUCGUGGCCUACGCCAAGGAUCUGGCCCAAAAGUCCCGACUGCGCGAGUAA